UAAGCUGAUCUGAAGUCGUGCAGACUGGCUCUGACACUUUCUUUGCACAAGGGACAACGACUUUCGGAAAAAGUUGCUCAUUUUUUUUGGCCAGCAGUGUGCGCCUGACUGAGGAAACCUGCUGAGGUGUGCUCGCUUUGCAAAGGCAACAUGAUCGGUGGUGCUUUGCAGAUCGCUGGGCUGCUUGUUGGUGGCAUUGGCAUGAUUGGGACAUUCGCUGUCACGGGCAUGCCUCAGUGGAGGGUGUCUGCCUUCAUAGAGAACAACAUCAUCGUGUUUGAGACCAUUUGGGAAGGCCUGUGGAUGCACUGCAUCAGGCAAGCCAACAUCAGGAUGCAGUGCAAAGUCUAUGACUCCGUGCUGGCCCUCUCACGGGACCUGCAGGCAUCCAGAGGGCUGAUGUGUGCUGGGUCCGUGCUCUCAUUCCUCGCUUUCACGAUUGCCAUUACUGGGAUGAAGUGCACACGGUGCACGCAGAGCAGCUGGCAAGCCAAGGGCUAUAUUAUUCUGAUGGCUGGGAUCCUCUUCAUCCUCUCCGGUGUCGUUGAGCUCAUCCCGGUCUGCUGGGUUGCCAACACCAUCAUCAGUGACUUCUACAACCCCAUGGUCAACAUUGCACAGAAAAGGGAGCUUGGAGAGGCCCUUUACCUGGGCUGGGUAGCUGCCUUCUGCCUCGUUGCUGCUGGAGCCAUAUUCUGUUGCUUUUGCUGCUGCUGUGAGGAAACCAGAAGCUACGGAUACUCUGCAGCAACCCACUACCCCACUCACAGCCAGCAUCUGCACAGCAAGACUGAAAGCUCAUACUCCAGAAGUCAGUACGUCUAGAUGCCUCCUACCUUUUUCUACUUUUGAAGCAUUCGAUCUGGAUGGAUGGAUUUCAGCUUCUGCACAAAAGGGCAGCUAGAAAGAUGCUUUUCCCUUCUGCUCUGCAACUGCUGCUGCUGGGGCCGUGUUUUGGAGCUGCAGUUACCCACAGUGAGCUCUGCUGUGGUGGUUAAUGCUGCAGCAUGGACAAUUUUAAUGCAUAGCGAGGUGAAUGUUUAAUAUUAUUUUAAUAGUAACUUCUAAUACCUUUUGGGUUGUGUGACGCUGCUUUGGUUGCAUUUUACGUGUAAAACAGUAACAAAGGGCUUAGAGUUCCACUGUGAUAUGAAAUUCUGGUCUAUUGCAAAGAAGAGGGGAGUUAAGCACCUGGGUGGUUUUAUUUCCUGCCUGGGAAAGAGGGGAUAACAGUGAAUAAGGACAAGAUAAUAAUGUUUAAAAGAAAAGCAUUCACUAAGGGAUUGAUUUACUGUAGGUUUAAUGAAAGGUUCCACGAAGAAGUUACUCAGCAGGGGAAGGUAAGCUGGAAUAUAUGAAAAAUAUCACACAUUUCAGAGAAUAAACUUAGCUUAAUGUUCGUCCUCAAUAUUAUCUUUCUGGUGAAAGUGAAUUUUUCUUUUGUAAUCCAUAUAGGUCAAACUUAUUCACAUCCCUCUUUUUAGAAGCAGCAGUAUUCCUUUGCAAACUCCUUGUGGCUUACUACAUUUUGCAAUAUUGCACAGAUCACAA